AUGGGCAUAGAUUUAACCCCCGAUGUCGAGGAAUCGACAGAGCCUCCUAUAUGUGGUUUACCCGAAAACAACCACCAUGUGACUCGCUGUUUAGAAGCUAAGCCCUGCGAUAUCGACGAAAAGCCUAUAUCGCGUGCGACGGACGCCUCUGCGCCCUCUGAACCCGGGGUAGAUAGAGAGCCCGACCAAGACGCUCAUCUUAUAGAACCAUCCGAACUCGCGGAUCUCCUCGAGACUGAUCUCAAUGCUGGACUCUCAAGCAUCGAAGCGGCCUCCCGCCUCCAGCGCGAUGGUCCGAAUACCGUGCGUGAGAUGGAGGGUGUCUCCAUCUGGGGGAUACUGCUAAGGCAGGUGUCAAACAGCUUGACUCUAGUCCUUCUCAUUACCAUGGCCCUCUCUUUCGGAAUCGACGAUUACAUCGAAGGUGGUGUCAUCACCGCAGUGAUUGUCCUGAACAUCGUGGUAGGCUUUGUACAAGAUUACCGCGCCGAAAAGACAAUCCUUUCGCUGCACCGUCUGUCUGCCCCAAUAUGCAAGGUUCUCCGAGAUGGCCGAGUCACCUCUGUCAAAGCCGAGUCAUUGGUCGUCGGGGAUAUCGUCCAGCUAACAGUCGGGGACAUCGUCCCUGCCGACCUGCGCUUGUUCGAUGGUAUGAAUGCCUCGAUGGACGAAGCACUUCUGACAGGCGAAUCACUGCCUAUCCUCAAGACACCUCAUGUAACGCUACUAUUGCCUGAUACUCCCAUCGGCGAUCGGACCAAUAUGGCCUAUUCAGGCUGCAGCACAACCCAAGGUCGAGCAGAGGGGAUAGUCACUGCGACAGGGAUGAACACCGAAGUCGGCAAGAUCGCGCAGCUACUCCAAACACAGCCCAGCCAUGGCGACUCGAGCCGUCUCGUUACGGCGGCGAAAAAAGUGAAGGCAUUUGUCAUGAAUGUGCUGGGCCUCGUCGGUACGCCGUUGCAAGUGAAAUUGAGCAAAUUCGCACUCCUACUUUUCGGACUGGCAAUUCUGCUCGCCAUUAUCGUCUUCUCAGUCAACAAAUGGGACGUACAAGGCGAGGUCCUCAUCUACGGCAUUUGUGUUGCUGUUGCAGUCAUCCCGGAAUCAUUGAUUGCCGUCCUUACUAUCACCAUCGCCGUGGGUACAAAAGCAAUGGCCAGGGGAAAUGUCAUCGUCCGCAAACUCCAGUGUCUUGAAGCAGUCGGUGGUGUUACGAACAUCUGUUCCGAUAAGACUGGCACCUUAACCCAGGGAAAGAUGAUUGCUCGCUCGGCCUGGAUCCCGGGCGCUGGGACUUUGACCGUGAGCCAGACGACAGAUCCAUUCGAUCCAACCAGCGGAUUGGUGCAACUGGAUGAGAUCGACUGGAGUUCCAAUCAACCUAUCGAGGAUAAUCCCGCGCUACAUAUCUUCCUACGAGCGCUGGCACUCUGCAACCUCUCGGUUAUCCACCACGACAAUCAAGUAUGGAGUACUGUGGGUGAGCCAACGGAAAUCGCUCUCCACGUUCUUGCUUUGAGAUUCGAUUUCGGAAAGAGUUCCGUCAUGAAGAGUCGUCAACUUCAAUUACACACUGAGUAUCCUUUCGAUUCGGCCAUCAAGAAGAUGACCGUCGUCUAUGAUAACUUGCGUGAUGGGACCAAAGAGGUAUACACCAAAGGUGCACCGGAGACAAUCAUCCCUCAUCUCGACCUUGCCGAAAAGGAAAAGCAAGGCAUACGAGACACUGCCGACCGGAUGGCCGGCGAAGGACUCCGCGUGCUGUGCAUCGCAUACAAAACAGCCCCAGUCGACGCCGAGGACCAGGUAUCCCCACGUAGCUCAGCCGAAUCAAGCCUCCGCUUCGGUGGUCUGGUAGGACUCUACGAUCCCCCGCGCGUCGAAACAGCCUCCGCCGUGCGCAAAUGUCAAAUGGCCGGCAUCACAGUCCACAUGCUUACCGGCGAUCAUAUCAAGACAGCCACGGCAAUUGCAGCAGAAGUGGGUAUUCUCGACCGCGUCGCGGCCGUUGUCAAAUCCAGUAGGCUGGUCAUGGCUGCAGACGAAUUCGACAAAUUGACCGACGAUGAAAUCGAUGCCAUUGAGGAACUCCCUCUCGUCAUCGCUCGCUGUAGCCCUGCGACCAAGGUGCGGAUGGUGGACGCCAUGCACCGUCGUCAGGCAUUCUGCGUCAUGACGGGCGACGGGGUGAAUGACUCGCCUGCUCUGAAAAGAGCCGAUGUGGGUAUAGCCAUGGGGAAAAAUGGCAGCGAUGUUGCGAAGGAGGCGGCCGAUAUGGUUUUGACGGAUGAUAAUUUCUCGUCUAUUGUCAAGGCUGUUGAAGAAGGUAGACGGCUUUUCGAUAAUAUUCAAAAGUUCCUCAUGCAUCUCCUCAUCUCAAACAUCGCCCAAGUAAUCCUCCUCCUAAUCGCCCUGGCCUUCAAAGACGCCGGAGGCGACUCAGUCUUCCCCUUAUCCCCCCUAGAAAUCCUCUGGGCCAACCUCGUCACAUCCUCCUUCCUAGCCGUCGGUCUUGGCCUCGAAGAAGCCCAACCAGACAUAAUGUACAGACCACCCCACGAUCUCCGCAUCGGCGUCUUCACGUGCGAACUCAUCGUCGACAAAAUGAUCUACGGCACCUUCAUGGGCACACUCUGUCUAAUCUCGUUCGUCUGCGUGAUCUACGCAGCCGGAUCGGGGACUUCAUCACUAGGCGAAGGAUGUAACUCAGGCUACAACCCAAGCUGCGAAGCUGUAUUCCGCGCUCGCGCUACAACGUACGCGACACUAACCUUCCUCCUGCUUGUUACUGCUUGGGAAGUGAAGCACUUCUCUCGGUCUCUUUUUAACAUGGAUCCGAUGCGGAGCUCUAAGGUCUCGGUCUUCUCGACGCUCUGGCGGAACAGGUUCCUGUUUUGGGCGGUUAUGGCUGGAUUCGUUAUUGCGUUUCCGGUUAUCUAUAUCCCUGUGAUUAACCAGCUGGUCUUUAAACAUCAUGGUAUUACUUGGGAGUGGGGUGUUGUUCUUGGGUGUACGGCUGUUUACUUGGGCUGUGUUGAGAGCUGGAAGGCUCUGAAACGGGCGUUUGGGAUUGGAAGUGGGAAGAAUGCUACUCUUACCCUCCAAGACGCUGAGAUGCGUGCUGGCUUGGUUACUCCGUCGCCUCUUUCGUCGAGUGCGAAUGGCAGUGUGGAGCUGAAGUGA